UGACUGAGGUCUGUAUCAAGCCUCAAUAGACCCACCGAGAUCAGAUAUCCUAGUUUAUCAGCCUGCGAGCCCACAUUAUGUUUUGAUAAGAGGUCAUUCUACAUAUAAAUGUAUUCCAGUGCACACAUUAAGUUAUAUAAUAUAAAUAUAAAAUAUACAAAUCAGGCCAUGUGUUUCGUUAUGUAGUAUAAUCAUCACCGACAGAUGGAAAGACAACAAUAACAAGGAAUUCAUAUUAAUAUUACCAAGUUACACAGAAAUAGAUACAAAAUAUAAGAAAAAAUACCACAAAGAUAAAAACAUAAACGUUAAGAUAGAAACGAAAACAUGUUCACAGCAGAGUAACAAUUAUGAAUAUAUGUGUUUGUAGUUCUCAACGUAUGUGAGUAUCCUCGUCAUUCGGUUUGUGUCGCUGUAUCGAUGCAUAACGAAAGUUAACCAAGUAAACUGUCACAUCUUAUCUGGAUAAGUGCUGCAAAGUGCAGAAUACCGUUUUGAUAAGGAUCGCUGGUAGAUAGCAACAGAACAGAAGUCGUAUCACAAUUUAACCUGGGCGGAUCACAGCUCCACAGCUGAAGACUUCUCCACGCUGCUUUCAAACUUGCUGCCAGUAUGAAAGAGAAGGCCCUCUCCUCUCUGUGCACCCCCGCUCUGGUGGUGGAUGUGGACAAAGUGAAGAGAAAUGCCCAGAGGAUGAUCGAGCGCUGUCAGAAUCUGGGGGUCCAGCUUCGGCCCCACAUGAAGACCCAUAAAACCCUUGAGUGUGCUGACAUCAUGACAGGUGGAUCACGGAGGUGCAUCGUGGUCUCCACACUGGCAGAGGCCUGUUUCUAUGCCGACCAUGGGUUUGAUGACAUCCUCUAUGCAUACUCUCUUCCCUUUGAUAAGGUGGAGCGCUGUGCCGACCUCUCAGAGAGGCUGGAUCUCUUCCAGAUUUUACUGGAUCAUCCUCAUGCUCUGGAUGAGCUCAAAAAGAGACCCCUGAGAGACGGUCGGCUGUGGCACGUCUGGCUCAAACUGGACUGUGGUAAUGGGAGAGCUGGGGUCCUGCACUCGCAGCCUGAGGCGAUCAGGUUGGCUCAGGCCAUCGUUGGGACGAAAGGUGUGGAGCUAACAGGAGUGUACGCUCACUGUGGGAACAGCUAUAACUGCAGAGGAGUGGAGCAGAUUCAGGCCGUCGCCCAGGAAACCACUGACCUGACUCUGCAAUUCAUGGAAAAACUGAAGGCUUCUGGGAUCACCUGUAAGUCCAGCAUUGGCUCCACCCCUUCCUGUAGUCACCCAGUAAAAGACAUGGGGAAGCUCAGCGAGGUGCAUCCUGGGAACUAUGGAUUCUACGACGUGCAGCAGUCUGUGAUUGGCUCGUGUACUCUGGAGGAAGUGGCUGUGAAGGUUCUGACGAGAGUCAUCGGACACUGUCCUCACAGGAACCAACUCCUGAUCGACUGUGGAUGGUGCGGACUCAGUCUAGACGGAGCUGGAAAACUUCCCACUGGAUAUGCUGUGAUUGAAGGACACCCAGACCUCAAGUUGUUGUCUAUGACCCAGGAGCACGGUCGAGUGGAGCCCAUCUCAGGGCCGCUGGACUACAGUAAAUUCCCCCUGGGCUCUCUGCUCACACUGAUCCCCUACCAUUCGUGUGCAACUGCAGUGAUGCAUCCUGUGUACCAUGUGCACUCUGAGGGCCGUCUGCUGGGCAAGUGGACCCCGACACGCGGGUGGUGAACAGAUAGCUAACUUGUCAAUCAUGUCAUUUGUAAUUAAUUCCAGAAUAUAAGUGUAGAGAUUUUCCAAAACCACUGAUUUAAUAACACUUUGCGUACUGUGUAGACAUACCUCCCUAAUGUUUUGUAUGUGAAGCAAUUUGAUGAAAAAAUAAACACAUGUAUUAUGCUUUUAAGUGUUUAAAUGAAUAAAGGCUGUAGCACUA